UCAUUUCAUGUAUUUCAUAGAGGAGGACAAUUUUUCUUGAUAUUUCAUCCAUUUGGAAAAUAUUAACGAGAAACGAAGGUUGUACGAUAGAAGCGCGUUUGAAAAAUCGGCGGAGGAUAAUAUUGCACCUAUUACAGAACGGUAAUGGAAUGUCAGGAACGCCUGUCGAGGAAUACAAAUAGAGCUAGAAACUUGAAUGACUACAAAACCCAUUCAUACCGGGCAACGAUACAUUCUACAAAACUGAAAUAGGAAAAAGUAAAGUGAAAAUUGCACGCGAUUCAGAAUGACUUUUUAAUGAACGAAAAGCAUAGCAGAUAUUGUAACUCGCAAUAUUCCUACAGUGUCAUAUACGAGGAGAAAAGUAAAAGAAGAAAUUAAAAGGAUUUGAUUUUGUUUCAUGAAUAAACUGAAAAUUCCAAGUGAUUCAGGAUGGCUUUUUAAUAAACAGAAAGCAAAAACACUUGCGAUAUCCAAAUCGAAUAAGAUAAAAAUAAUAAAAGAGGGAAUUAAAAGAAAUCAAAGUUUCUUGAGUAAACUAAAGCAUCUUUUUCUAUUUAUUUACCAAGUCUUGGUAGUAAUGUUUUUUCGAAUUCUGGAAUUCCUUUUCGGGUACACAGCGGUAUUUUCGUCCUUCUGUACAUCUUAGCGCCAUACAACUCGCGAGGAGGCUCGUUUCUGCAAAUGUGUUUGUCGAUGAAUAAUAUUUAUUGGCCCAUUGUGUCCGCGGGAUCUCACCUCCGGACGCUGAGGUUCGAUAAGUGGAAGGCACGCGAAAGGAAUUCUCGACAUGUCUGGCGAGCGAAUUAGGCUCAUUGGAAUUUCACUUUGGUUACAAGCAGGCUUUCGUGCCGCCAAGUAUGGUCCCCAUGACCCGGUAGCCGGAUACGAUACGCGACGUGCGAGUAUCGCCCGUCUCUAUCAUUAAGUUAUUAAACCUGUACGCCUAACAAACUUCUGUGACAUCGUUACUAUCAUUAUAUUACGCGAUAAAGGAUAAACGUUUGUCUGGUCACAAUGCCGUACUACAACAGUGGACACAGUCCUUCCACCUAUAAUAAAGAUGGAGGGUCGAGUGGUCCAUCGAGCACAUCGGGCGGCCGCGUGAGCAGUUCCGAGCCGACGUACAUGAUGGAGCAUUUGGCCACGUUCACGGUCACGAAGGAAACCGGUAUUGUUUAUCCAGCGGAUGGUAUGCGGCGACUUUUGCAGUUGGAGAAGAGUAACGGCAUCUGGAGUCAAAAGAUGCAGCUCCGUCUGGAACGGAACUGGGUGCUGAUCAUGGACAACGAGACGGGGGCCGUCAUGGAGCGAUUCCCAGCCUCGUUGAUACAGGAACCGACCGCGUUCACGUCGAGGGACCCUAUGGAGAUGUAUAACAACAUUCUCGUCUUCACAGUGGCGGAUGACAGUGGUUCCGGUCAACGAGCAGAAAUGCAUAUAUUCCAGUGUCAAAGCGUCUCGGCCCAAGAUCUUGUCGAGGAUCUAAAGAUGCUACAAAUGGGUAAACUGGUACCCGGUGGUUCGCCAAGGGGACCAAGAGGUCGUAUACCACCGCCUCCUACUUUACCACCGCCAGAACCACCCUUAAACGGGGUUAACGUCCGAGAACAAGUAUCUGCCUUUAACGCUAACAAUGCCGACGGUCAAAACGAUAUAUCUCGCGAGGAGAACAACGACGAGGUAUCCUCGACGUCCUCUGAGAAAUACGAACGCGACGUAACCAUUCUGAACCAUUGUUUCGACGACAUUGAGAAAUUUAUCGCGCGUCUGCAACACGCAGCGGCUGCUUCCAAAGAGUUGGAACGUCGAAGGCGCAAUCGGAAGUCGAAGAAGAGAAAUCUGGGUGAUGGGAUGCUAACAAUGAGGGCGAAACCACCUCCGGAGAUGGAAUUUAUCGAUAUAUUCCAAAAGUUUAAGCUGUCGUUCAACUUGCUAGCCAAACUGAAGGCUCACAUUCACGACCCUAACGCUCCUGAAUUGGUACACUUUCUCUUUACGCCGCUGGCUUUGAUCGUGGACGCGUCUCACGAUACUAAUUACGAUCCGAACUUGCCGAGCAAAGUGGUAUCGCCGUUAUUGACUAGGGAAGCGGUUAACUUAUUGAUCAAUUGUGUAACUAGUAAAGAAACAGAGCUUUGGCAUUCACUGGGUGACACGUGGUUAAUACCACGCGAUCAAUGGAAAGGUCACGUUCCCCCGUAUCACCCUAUAUUUAUGGAUGGUUGGUCCCCGGAGUAUCCAAUACCAGAGGAUAGAGACCACGAUCAUCUGGCUUCCCUGUUAAACGCUGACAAACAGAAGAGGGACGAGCUCCCUGAACAACAAAACGAUCCGUACUAUAACCACCGAGAAGUGGAUGAGUCUCAUUAUAGCAGCGAUUACUUAGAGUACGAGAGUAGAGAAGAGCGUGCGGGUAACGAGUACUUUGAUAGAAAUUAUGGGACUGCCUCGGAGUUGUAUGGUAGAGAAGAAAGAGUAGUCGAUCAAACGAGAGCGCACAGCGAUAUAUCUGUGGACUCGAUCGAAAGAACACCGAGAGCCGCCGGUAUGGAAAGGGCUCAGGAAGCCUGGUUAGACGAUCUGGUAGCCAGACACGCGAAGAUCGUACAGGUUACUUAUCCGAGGACGGCGAACAAUGAUAAGGAGUUGACCGUUGUCAGAGGUGAAUACCUAGAGAUCCUCGACGAUAGCAGGAAAUGGUGGAAGGCGAGGAAUUCGAGAGGGCAGGUCGCGCACGUGCCUCACACCAUCGUCACGCCUCACAAUCCAUCCCAUUCUAACGAUAACGACGUCUUCAACAAUCCUUUGUACACGAGCCGAUACCCGCGACAGGGGCACGGCUAUAAUUACGAGGAUUCUGAAAUCGAAAGGACCAGCACUAGUCCAGGACCAGAAGCCACCCAUCGAACACACGCGAUUCCACCGCCUGCACCCGCAGAUUGGGUGAGAAAAGAGAGACUCGGGAAAAAAGAUGAAUCUACCGAAGAGACGAAGUCUAUCGGUAGCAAUAAAGUGACAUUCGCCAUUGAUUAUGAAACUAAUGAUGAUAAAAAGGAAUCGUCUAUCGAUAGAUCGGAAAUCAGAGAUAAGAAACCAAAGCCCAACGAAUUGACGCAGGUGGUUGAAAUUCACCCACCACCUCCGUAUGCGAACGAUGAAAUUGUGCCGGAAACACCAACAACACCAUCGACAUCGGUAACAGCUUUUGUACCACCACCACCUCCACCGCCUCCUUUGGAGAAUGACUUAUCCAUUUCUUCGACAACUUCGACCAUGUCGUCUGUUACAUUGAAGAGUAAUCAUUCAAUUAGCGGAAAGAAAACCGAGAAGGAGAUGCAACAGGAACUGAGACAAGUAUUAAUGAUAUUCCGUGAGAAGAAAGAGCACUAUAACAAUAGUAUGAAUCGCGAACCUGCCUUGGACAAAUAUUCCACCCCUCGAGAAGUACAGUAUUGGCUGACAGCCAAAGGAUUUUCGGAAAAAACUUGUAAACAGCUAAAAGAUAUGACUGGUUUGGAGGUAUUCGAUUUAACUAAACGACAACUGGAACAAUAUUGCGGUAUUGCGGAAGGUAGCAAACUCCAUGAUCAAAUUUUAGCUGCACGAACUGAAAGCGAGAAGCAUCCUCGGAUGUCAGAAUUAAAACAAAUAUUGGAGAAAGCUCGACAUAAAGUUGAAGAACAAUGAAACAUUCACCGCCAAAUACUCCAUAGAAAUAUACAAUAAGAAUUGUACAUAUCUUCCGAAUGUAUGUAUUUAAAAUCACACAGAUACAUCAAGAAAUGUAAUAAUGAAUUAUGAGCAAUAUCACAUACACCGGUAAAUAUGUACUUAGGCAUUUUUACAAAUCAAAUAUUUAACUGAGAUUCUUUAUUCCAUUUUCUACGAUACGUUGAUACAUAUAUCUCAUUAAUGACAACAGGGAAUGUUUGUCAAUAUCCGUAAAAAACAUCAUUCACCAAGUAAUAACAUGAUAUUUCUACAACGAGAGUUAUUAAUAGGAAAUUAGAAACAUCAGUUCAAUAUUGAUGUCAAGUCUUUAUUUCAAGCGAUCACAUACAUUGUAACAGACAUAAAUAGGUACUCUAGCUGUAUCAUUCAUUAUAUCGAUAAACUAUACACUUCUUUCGAAUACUCGACUCGAGGUCACGCAACGUGAACACAUUGAUAAUUAUAUUUUUAUAAAGGUAAAUCUGUUAUAAAGCCCUCACAAUAUUUGUCAUUUAAAUAAUAAAUUCCCGUACAAACUUUUAUAUUAGCAAAUGGAAUACAGUAAUGCACCUACCGAAUGCGACAAUGUAAAACUUUUUACAAAGAAACAGAAAUGAUUGCUAUUGAACGAACGCAACAUGCACAAUAAUGAUGUUAAGACUUAAUGAACGUUAAUAGUCUAAAGGCUAUAAAAAGAAACGGAGACAACGUUUUUCAUUAAAUCGUAUGAUACGUUGAACAAAGUGAAAUCGUUUCCUGGUUAAUCAAGCUCCAAGCAGUCUUAUAUAAUCAAAUACGUCCAGCUAUAUAAUUAUUGUUAGAAGACAAAACAAUGAAUUUAGAGAAACGUUUUCGCAAUAGAAUUAUUUCGGUAAAAUAAUUACAACGUAUCGCCUAUAAGAUGACUAUCAUAAAUUAUUUCAAAAUAUAAUGAAGCGUGUUGCUUUUCGUGAUCCCUAACAACUUAUUACAGACUCUACGCGUGUAUGUAGAAACUCUUAAAAACGCUCCUGAAAUUUCGAUACAAAAUCUACGUUGAAAAACUCUCAGACAUCUUGUUCUUAAAUGCGAUCUAAGUCUCGUCCUAAAAAUGCGUCACAACGUUAUUCGCGUUUUCUGUAAGUGCUACAAUGGUACCAAACAUUUUGGUCAUUUACGAGUAGCUCAGACAAGCCUCUUACACUCGUAAAAUUUCAAAUUCAUCCAUCUUACACGAUAAUAAUUACGUAAUGAAUAUUUAUUAUGCGACGAUUAUUACUGUUUAGUAUCAUUUACCCUUAAUGUUAUUAUGAUUGUUAAAAUCAUUAUCGUUAACUUUACUUUCGUAGACGUACGUGUCUUAAGGAUUUAAUAAAAUUAUCAUUGGAUACAUUAUUUCA